CACAACACAACCAACCAACAACCUCAAAAAACAAACAUACAAACAUGGCAUCCUUCAAACAACUUUCAAUCCUAUUAUUCCCUUUGUUCCUCAUUUCCCUAUUCAAAUCCUCAUCUGCUGCAGGAAUUGCAGUCUAUUGGGGCCAAAAUGGUGGUGAAGGUUCCUUAGCAGAUGCUUGUAACACAAACAACUACCAAUUUGUAAACAUAGCUUUUCUUUCCUCUUUUGGCAAUGGCCAAACUCCAACACUAAACCUUGCAGGACAUUGUGAUGCAGCCUCAAACGGUUGCACAAAGUUUAGUUCUGAAAUCCAAGCUUGUCAAGCCAAAGGUAUCAAAGUGUUGCUCUCUCUCGGAGGCGGCGCCGGAAGCUACUCUUUAUCCUCAUCUGAUGAUGCUACACAAGUAGCAAAUUACCUAUGGAACAAUUUCUUGGGUGGCUCGUCAACUUCAAGACCAUUAGGUGAUGCUGUUUUGGAUGGAAUUGAUUUUGAUAUUGAAGCUGGUGGUGAACAUUUUGAUGAACUUGCAAAAGCACUUAAUGGUUUUAGUUCACAAAGGAAAGUUUAUUUAUCUGCAGCACCACAAUGUCCUUACCCUGAUGCUCAUUUGGAUUCAGCUAUUAGUACUGGUUUAUUUGACUAUGUUUGGGUUCAGUUUUAUAAUAAUCCUCAAUGUCAAUACUCAAGUGGUAACACUGCUAAUCUUGUUAAUGCUUGGAAUCAAUGGACUGCAAGUCAAGCUAAACAAGUGUUUUUAGGUGUUCCUGCUAAUGAUGCUGCUGCUCCAAGUGGUGGUUUUAUUCCUUCUGAUGUUUUGAUUUCUCAAGUUCUUCCUGCUAUUAAGGGUUCUGCUAAAUAUGGUGGAGUCAUGAUUUGGAAUAGAUUCUUUGAUGGACAAAGUGAAUAUAGUAAUGCUAUUAAGGUCAGUGUUUAAUUAAUAAUUAACUAGUUUCGUUAGUAUUUCUGUAUUUGGAAUAAUUAGCAUGUUUAGUAGGUUUUGUUCCUACACAUUACUAAGUGCUAUGUGAUCACUUUGUUAUACAUACAUGUAAUAAUAUGACCUUAAAAAUAAUA